UCUCCUUUCCCCCCCCCUUCAUUUCUCCCCCUCCGCGAUCCAGCUGGCGCCCGCGCGGCGGGGGCGGACCUCGGUGGGCUCGCGGGGACGCGCCCUCGCGCGCUCCCGGGACAGCAGCAGCAGCGGCAGCGGCUCCAGUCGGGGCGGCGGCGGCAGCAGCAGCAACAUGGACGAUCUGGACGCCUUGCUGGCUGAUCUGGAAUCCACUACCUCCCAUAUCUCCAAACGGCCCGUCUUCCUGUCGGAGGAAACCUCGUAUUCCUAUCCAACUGGAAAUCACACCUACCAAGAAGUCUCGUUGCCUCCGCCGGUACCUCCUCCGCCUACCACCGAGGCCUUGAACGGGACCCUCGGCAUCUCUCUGGAGCAAUGGCAGCCGGUCCUUUCGAGAAAUCCUCCCCAGCAGCCACCGUCUCAGUCUCCUAUGUAUAGUUCCAGUGCCUCUGUGCCCAGAGAGUGUGCCAUCUCUCCUUCGCGUGCCAGCGACGAGGAACACGUCUAUAGUUUCCCCAACAAACAGAAGUCUGCGGAACCAUCUCCUACCUUGAUGACUUCUUCCUUAGGCAAUAACCUGUCCGAACUGGACCGGCUCCUCCUGGAAUUGAACGCCGUGCAACACAACCCCCCACCUGCCAGCCCCACAGAUGAGAAUGCAGGAAGCCCUUCGGGGCCCGGUGGGACCGGCUCCCACUACAGCCUCCUGGAGAACACUACCUCUUUGACCGCACAGCCCGCAGCGCCAGGGAUGGAAAAGGCCAAGUGGAACGGGGGGCCGGGGGCGGAAGAAGUCUGCCCCAGCGUGGAGAGUCUUCUGGAUGAACUGGAAAGCUCCGUGCCUAGUCCUGUACCAGCUAUUACUGUGAAUCAAGGAGGGAUGAGCAGUCCCCAGCGAUUCGCCUCCAGCCAGCAACAGACGCGCAUAUCUGCCUCUUCAGCUACCAGAGAGUUGGAUGAGCUCAUGGCUUCCCUUUCAGACUUCAAGACCAGUUCCACCAUCUCUCUGGCCUCCGAGCCUUCCCUACAGCUGCCUUCCGGACCGCCUGACACUCUUCCAUCCCAUACGGUGCUGCUCUGUGCCUCAAAGGCCCGCAGGGCGAACCACGCCGGGCCUGCCCCGGGUUCCGUGGUCCCUCUUGAGUUGGAGGUCCUCCGCAUUGACGAGAAAAGCGGCGGCUUAGCGGUUCCGGAACUUUCUCCCAACGCUUUGCCUCGUCGCCCUGCCGCACCUUGGGCCAAGCCCCCGCUUGGUAAAGCUUCUGCCCCCCGCCCAAGCUCAGAGGGACCCAGCAAAACCCCUCCUGUGAAGUCACAGGUCUCUUCUUCGGAGCCCGAGUUGUUGUGGAUUUGCGCGGAUGGUGCGGCGGCAACUCAAAAACCCGUGGAGCCAGAAGGAGCUCGGAAGGAGGACAACCUGAAGGGCGAAGACAUUCCUUUGCUUCUGAGCAAGGUUUCGAAGACGCCGGCCCCCCAAGAAGAGAGGGCUCUCUUCCACACCAAAGCGUCUUCUUUCAAGGAGAACGGAAUGAGGACUGUGGGUUACGCCAGGCAGAGCAAUUCGGAAACGUCUCUGUUGGCGCCGAGAACGUCCCUCAAGAAGGAUCCCGUCGGCCCACCCGAUCUUUUUAACGUAGAAAGAUGGGAGAGUUUUCCAGGCACCAAAAGCCAACUCGGCUGGGCUGUCCAGCAGGCCUCGAGCCACGGGACCGAAAGCCGAGAUCCGGUGAGGGCAAACAGCUGUCCUGAUGUGGCGGAGAGGGGAUCCAGAAAGAACGGCCUUCCCGACGGCGUCGCGGCCAUGCCAAAGGCUGCCGAACGUGUCCGGGAAGAAGAACCGGACCGUACGAUCGCUGGUCGUACGAUUACCGUGGAGAGAAUGUCCACUUCGAGCCAGAUCAAGUCUGUGAUCAGGAAAACCAAAGAUCUCUCCAACGUGCAUCCCAUGUGCCGCGAUCUCUCGCCGCGACGCAAGCUGGGCCCGGUCCUCAUCCAUAAAACCGUCUCCCAAGACCGCCUGAUCGAAGAGCUCCAAGACCGGCUGGGCAUCAGCAAAGCCGAAGAAGAAGAACUUCCACGGAGCCCCGACGACUGGUUGACCGAGGGGGUCAUCAUCACCUCCACGCCUCAGAAGGACAAAGAUGGUAGACAACGAAUAGAAAAGGUUAUUAUUCCUGCUACGUCACCCCUCCCUCUGAGAAGGACCAUCUCUGUCUCACCUUCUCCUCCACCGCAGCUUCCUAAAAAUGUCUCCAAGGCCGCUGCCGUCAACGCCACUCUUGGCUCUUCUCUUCCAUCUUCUCCUCCUCCUCCGCCACCUCCCUUGCCCGCAUCGCCGCAUAUCCCUCAGCUGCGCUAUGUGCCGUCCGCCCAUCCGACUCAGCCUCCCCUCCCGUGGGAAAUGCUGUUGGAAGAAGUUUCCCCCCAGCAGGCACCGAUUCCCACGCGGCCCACCGGACCGGCCCCUUCCUCCAAAGCCUCGGUGUCGGUUAGCUGUCAAACAGAGGAGGCUCCCUCCUUCCCUCCACCGCAGCAGGUCCUUCCUCUUCCACCUUUGGACCACCUCCUUGCUACUCGACCGCCUACUCCCGAGAAGUUUAUGUCCCAGGGGAAAGGAGCCGGCAGCUAUCCGUCCACCACCCCUCCAAAGCCCGGCAGCCAGCUGGACAGCAUGCUUGGAAGCCUCCAGUCUGACCUGAACAAACUCGGAGUAGCAACGGUCGCCAAAGGCGUAUGCGGAGCGUGCAAGAAACCAAUUGCCGGACAGGUGGUCACAGCCAUGGGGAAGACAUGGCACCCCGAGCAUUUCGUUUGCACCCACUGCCAGGAGGAGAUCGGCUCUAGGAACUUCUUUGAGCGCGACAGCCAGCCUUACUGCGAGAGGGAUUAUCACAACCUCUUUUCGCCUCGCUGUUACUACUGCAACGGUCCCAUCCUGGAUAAAGUGGUGACGGCUUUGGACAGGACAUGGCACCCCGAGCAUUUCUUCUGCGCGCAGUGCGGAGCCUUCUUUGGCCCUGAAGGCUUCCACGAGAAGGACGGCAAAGCCUAUUGCCGCAAAGAUUACUUCGAUAUGUUCGCGCCCAAAUGUGGCGGCUGCUCCCGGGCCAUCUUGGAAAACUAUAUCUCGGCCUUGAACACCCUCUGGCACCCCGAGUGUUUCGUCUGCCGGGAAUGCUUCACUCCGUUCGUCAACGGCAGCUUCUUCGAACACGACGGGCAGCCCUACUGCGAAGUGCAUUACCACGAACGCCGCGGCUCGCUCUGCUCCGGAUGCCAGAAGCCCAUCACGGGCCGCUGCAUCACCGCCAUGGCUAAGAAAUUUCACCCGGAACACUUUGUCUGCGCCUUCUGUCUCAAGCAACUCAACAAGGGGACCUUCAAAGAGCAGAACGACAAGCCGUACUGCCAGAACUGCUUCCUGAAACUCUUCUGCUGAGGGUCCUCUCGCCAUCCGUGGCGUCUCCUGCCAGGAAACCCUUUGCCUUGUUUUGCGGCGGGUCGUCCCACCUCCAGCAACUUGAGCGGGUUGAUGUAGGAGAUGAGGAAGAAGAGGAAUUGUGUGUAUGUGUGUGUGUGUGUGUGAAUGAGAUGCUCGCGGCUGCUCUGGGAAGGUGGAUGAUCAUCCAAAGAGAAGAGGCACCAAGGGACUUAUGGAGGUUGGAUCUACUCCAACUUCUCCUCCCUUGGAGAAGAGAGGGAACCAUACUUCCCGGGAUUCUGAGCCAGCUUCGCUUUUGGGAUUUGGGGAGCUCUGGUGCCAUGACGUAGGGAUGCUAAGAUGCCAAGGUUUUUUUAGAAGACGUCCAAGCCUGAAGAGAUAUUUGAGUAGGAAGAUGGGUCUUCAUGAACAUCUGAGAGCCAUGAAGGACCGUUGAGUGGGUUUGGUGGACAGGGGGUGUUAGGAGACAAACCGGGUGAGGAAAAAAGAACAAAAGUUUUCCCAAAGAGAAGUGGAAUCUCCAAACUUGGUAAUGUGUUAAGACGUGUGGACUUUUAAAUUCCCAGAAUUGUUGCGGCCUGCUAGCGGCCAGCAGAGGUGGUAGCAGAUUUGGACAGUGAGGAGGUUGGGGAGGAACGUGGUCCAGUCCUGGAGUCUGGGGAAGGCUCGGACGAAGGCUUUGAGUCAGAGGCAGAGAGGGGGCCAAGGCCAUCUGGUAGUUCUUGGCUGCCUCCGGAGCCGGACAUCAGCAAGGCAGAAGAACAGCAGGAGCCUGUUCCCAGUGUGUGCAUGCGCAGAGCUGCCAGGAGACAGGAACAAUUAAGAAAACAGGGUCAACUUGGGAGUAAGGCUUGGAGAUGUUUGGCCCCUCCCAUAAGACAUAAAAGAGAAGCGAAUGGAAUGUGAGCUUUUGGAGGAAGCAAUUAGUUCAUCUGGUCGGUAAAAGCUCUGGAAAAGUUCUGUUUGACUCUGUGCUAAGUUUGGCCUUGCCCUGCCUUGGCUAUUAGUUCUCUGACAGCAUUCCAAGGGAGAUAAGGUGUGUGUUUGUAGACCCUCCCCUAAUAGACUGUUGGAGAAGCCUUUCCGACUGGGAAGGACAAUAAUUCACAGCCAUUUGAAUUAAAGAGGUUUGCCGGGACUAAGUUUGUGCUCUUUACUUUCUAAGAAAGCCUAGGUCAGAACAGUAAUUCUCCCACCAACCAUAGGGAAUUCUGGGAGUUUGAAGUCCACAAAUCUUAAAAGUUGCCAGGUUUGGAGUCCCCUUGAGAGAGAGAGAGAGGAUGAAACCGCAGAGUUUCUCCGUUGGGUUGCAAAUUUCCAGAUGGAGAGAGGGCUGUCCGAAGCUUUUAGACAAGGGUCUGACCUACAGGUAGUCCUCGAGUUACAACCGUUUGUUUAGCCACCGUCCAAAGUUACCACUGCGCGGUUUUAAAAGAAGCCGAUCUUCACAGUGAACCACCCUUGCACAUUCUCGCCAUCAUGGACGCAAAUUGUGGGCGCUUGGCAUCUGGCGCGUAUAGGUAGUUCUCGACUUACAACAGUUCAUUUAGGGACCGUUCAAAGUUAUAACAGUGCUGAAAGUCACCUACGACCAUUUUUCACACUUAACGCCCAUGUGCAGCGUUCCCAAUUUGGGCGCAUGGCAACUGAUUAACACUUAUGACGUGCCAGGGUCAUAUGAUCCCACUUUGCGACCGCCUGAUAAGCAAGAGUCCACGGGGCAGUCGAAUUCACUUAACAACCAUGUUAAGCGCAGCAAUUCCCUUAACAACUGUGGCAAGGAAAGUCAUAAAAUGAAGCAAAAAUUCACUUCCCCAAUGUCUCACUUAGCCACAGAAAUAUUGGGCUCAAUUGCGGUCGUAAGUCGAGGACUACCUGUACUUAAAAUGGUUGCAGCUUCCCGGGGUCAUCUGAACGCCUCUUGCAACCUUCCCAGCCGGUUUCCAGGAAGCAAACUCAAAAGGGGGAAGCCGGAUUGACUUAACAACCGAGCGAUUCACUUAACAACCGAGUGAUUCACUUAACAACCGAGUGAUUCACUUAACAACCAGGUGCAAAAUGGUUGUAAAAUUGGCUGCCUUGCUGGAGCAAUAGAAAUCCUGAUCUUGAUUCUCGUCGUAAGUCGAGGAGUUCUAGUUAUAUUUCGUGGUUCCACCCGAAAGACUUGAGACGUGUAAAAAAAACCCACGAAUUUUGACUUUUUUGAUUCUUCUCCAGCCCGUCUCUCGUGCCUGUGUAAGAUUCUCCCCAGACACGACCUUCUGAGCAAUAAUUUCAACACUUUUUAUAACGAUUUCAUAAAACUUUUGGUGUUCUGCUGGCGCCUUUUCCCUUCCUUCUGGGCUAUUUUUUGAUUGUGAGAAAACACAAACCUUUUUGCUAUUUCAGCCGAAUGCUGUGUGUUUGGGUGAGGAAUAUGGUGUGGGGUUUUUGUUUUUUUUUAACACUGGGUCUUGAAUGCAUAACAAAACAAGAAGCUUUUUAAAUCUCUUAUAUGGAAAUUUUAGUUUUAUGAACAAUUUUUCGACGGAUGCUUUUUUAUAAGUAUCUGGGGUUUUUUUUUCCCCCCGGGCAGGACCCUCCUAAUUGUUGGUUCCUGUCUUUAUGAGCCUUGACGCUUUCUUAAAACCAACUAUUAAUUAUAUAUAAAUAUAUAUAUAAAUAUAUAUAAAUCCUUUUUUUUUUAAACCGGGGUGGGGUGUCGGAGAAGUGGAGGAAUCUGUUAGGAGUGUGUGUAUAUUUUCUUUUUCUUUUUUUCUUCUCUUUUUUUUUGCUUAUUAAGUAGCUUCGUACGGAUCAGGGUUCAACUGGAAUGGAUUUUGUAAAAAAAAAAUUAAGCCAAGACGAGAGAAAGACGCGUUCGUCUUGCUUCCUCCUGGAUUUUCAAAACAGCCUUAAGUCGCUUCAAAAAUUUUAGCAAGGGGUUCUCUGCCCGAUUGCUGGGUGGGCGUGGCCAUGGUCUAGUCAGGCUCCUGCACCACGGCUGGCGGGGUGUUUGGCGUUUUUGCCCUCCCCGGACACUGGAGGCUUUCCUCAAACGUCCGGGAGGGCCAAAACGGCCUCCCCAGGCUCUGGAAGUCAGAAACGGGCCCGUUUCGGCCUUCCUGAACUUCUGCUAGGCCUGUUUUUUGUCCUCCGCGAGACUCCGCAUGUGCCCUGAACUUAACCUGCAUACAAAACAGGCUGCGUGGAGACUCCUGGGAGGGGCAGGGUGGGGCCAGCCGGGAGUGGGAUUUGCGGGUUCUCCAAACUGCACAGAAUCUUAGCUAGAGGUUCUUGCGAACCCCCAGCAGCUCCACCCCUGCCUUACGUUCACUGAAAAAGCACACGUAUUAAGAUAUUCGCCUUUACGUUCUGAUGUCUAUUUCAAAUGUUGCUGUUGGGGUGUGGUUCGCCACGUAGAUUUUUACCCUUUGACGGAUAGAAAUUUUCAUUUCUUUUGCACCACUGGUUCGGGGUCCUUGAUGAUAGAGACAAGCUAGGAGGACGGGGGGGGUGUCUCUUGGGGGGGAUCUUCUUUUAGGAUCAAACUGGGGAUAUCCUCCCCCAUCUUCUGUGGAAAUCGGUUGCUGCUGGGGAAAAAAUGUCCUGCGCUGUGCCGUGCAGCGGAGUCUUCCAUGCAUUUUUGCACGGAGUCUCCGAUAAUUUCUUUUUUAAGGGAGAGAGGUUUUUUCAAAGCCUGAGAGGCGGUUGGUGGUUAAGACAUUGGGUUUCUCAGCUGGAAAACCAGCAGCCCGGGGUUCGAGACCCGAGCGCCGCGCGACGGGGUGAGCUCCCGUCCUCGCCUCAGCUCCUGUCCACCUAGCAGUUCGAAAGCACGCGAGUGCGAGUAGAUCAAUAGGUACCACUUCGGUGGGAAGGGAACAGUGCUCCGUGACGUCAUGCUGGCCGCACGACGGCGGAAUUGUCUUUGGACAGCGCUGGCUUCAACAGCCUUGAAACGGGGAUGAGUCGGCAACGAAUAGUGGAAUAAAAUCUGUAGGGAUUCUAUUACCGUUCCUUUCCUUUUAUUUUUAUUUUGCUUCCAAAGCCUGAAUUUGGGCUGAAGGUUCUUUCAAAAUCCCGGCUGUUUUGUUUUGCUUUCAACAUGAGAAUGGUUUGAUCUAUUAGGAAUUUAAAAAAUGUGCCUUUUCCCUCGUUUUCUGUGCUUUUUAAAGAACAUUUCCCAUCUUUUGGGGUGGAUCCUAUGCUACUGUAGCUUUGGCAAUAUAGGCAGUUUUUAAAAAAAAAUUUUUUUCCUGUGCUUCACUCCUUUUAAAAACAACAACAACCAUAACUCUUAAGUGCCUCAAAAUGAAGUGGGUCUUGGUGAAAACUUCAGCUGUUGUGCUCAGGAAGAGAAGGGGAGGUUUUCCUGUGGAAUUAUAUUUCUCUCCCCCCCCCUCUCCAUUUUCUGUAUUCCUUUUUUUGCAAUGUGUUGUUCCCCCUCUUCUUAAUAGUCCCUGUGAUGAUGCUAAAUAAAAGAUUUGAAGACAGA